AUGCAUGACAUCUAUUUUGAAAGACUACUUGCCACGCUACACGAGGGUAAAGGCAAGAAGGACGAGCCCACAGACUUUCAACACACCAGCUGCCGAAAUGAGGCGAUGGCAAGAGACCUUUGGAGUUAUAGCAAGGUCUAUAUCCCCGCCUGCUUGCUAUGCUGCGGCCUCGCUGUGACAGCAGGCCACUCCCUUGUGGAGCGCUGUUACCCGCCAACGACAAUCGUUGUCAUGACAUAUUAUAGUAACGAGAUAUGGCUACUCAAAGAACUUCUCAUCGGCACGUAUCUGAAUAUAACGACUCUCCGGCGAGGUCUUCACUUUGCCCCGGCCUCAUACCUUCUCGUGGUUCCCCCUGUACGGGGGUCUUUGAACCAAAUUGAAUACAUCGUCGAAUACACCUUCAAAUUCUGGCAACCAGUAGUCACUACUAUGCCUUCAGCUUCGUUUCUCAACCGGAAGAGAGGCCUCAUGGACGUUGUCAUCCAGUGUUUCGACUCAUCUCAAGGAAAUGAGAAAUCCAUCGUGGUUGUCUCUACCACCGGACCAAGGAUGCAUGAUCGAAGUUCACCAAAACUUGGAGCGGCCUCGUUGGACUGCAUGAAAAGAACGGUAGAUAGAUAG